AUGGCGAGCAGGCCACCCAUCAUGCCACCUCAUAAUGAGACCGAGCAUUCGGUCAACAGGAUCACUCGGGAAGGUAAACAACUUACUUACAAGUUGAGUGUAAUGCAACAACCAGAGCGAGCGAGAGCGUGUGGUGCUGGAGCGAAGUCUUCUGCCGAUCGCCGUCCUGUUGACCCUCCACCUGUCGUUGAGCUACGUAUUUUCGAAUCCGACCCGGCCAAUGACGCCCAAAAAACGGACAUCACCUUUGCCUACAAUGCCAAUUUCUUCCUCUAUGCAACCCUCGACACUGCACGCCCUAUCGCCCAUGGGCGGGUGGCUGGACCACCGUCGUGCCCUGUAUUGACUGGUGUGCCGGUCGCUGGCGUCGCAUAUCUGGAUCGCCCUUCGCAAGCAGGCUACUUUAUCUUUCCCGAUUUGUCGGUGCAUCACGAGGGUCGAUACCGAUUAAACUUCCACCUAUAUGAAGAGAUCAAGGAUGCCAAGGAUGCUGAUAAAGACUCGACUUUGCCUCUUCCCAACCAAAUCAAUCUUUCCAACCUCAAAUCGGGCACACCUCAAACAUACCUCCACUUCCGUCUUGAGGUCAAGUCGGUACCUUUUACCGUUUACAGUGCCAAGAAAUUCCCUGGUCUGGCGACUAGCACAUCUUUGAGCCGGAUAAUUGCGGAGCAGGGAUGUCGUGUUCGAAUCCGCCGCGAUGUUCGCAUGAGACGUCGGGGCGACAAGCGCGAGGAAGAUUAUGAGUUUGAUGAGGAACGCGCAGCGGCAUAUGCGAGAACAUCAGAACGAUUUUCGACACCCGACAGAUAUGCAAAUUCGAUGGAGCGACCGCGGUCAAACAGCAAUGGAAGCAAUGUCGAGUCGCCUUACGGGUUUGUACAACAAGAUCGACGACCAUCUGCACCCGACUAUGGAUUCCAGUGCCCCCCGCAACCAUACCAGCGACCUAUGCCACCUGCUCCCAUCUCUCACUCUCAGACACCUUCAUAUCAAUCACACCUAUCAUUCGGCUCGACACCAUCGCAUUAUCCAGCUCCUCACAUGCCUCCCACACCCCCUCCACUUGCCACUCAAGGCAUAUACUCUCCACAAUCCGGAUAUGCGCAAAUACGCCACUCAUCCAAUACUUCAGAGUAUGAAGGAACACCUUUUGGGUAUCCUAUGGCGCCUCAAAUUCCAGCCGAUCGUGGUGGUUACCCCAAGCCUAUCAAUUCUUACCGCAUGGAUCCACCGAAACCACAACCAUAUAUGGAUCCUCGCAUGGCCGAGCCACAUCAUUAUGGGCCUAUACCCCACAUUCAAACACCGCGAUCUCAAACCCCGAUUAUGGCUCAGCCUAUAGCGCCGCCCCUCGAGGCGACGCCAACCGAAUAUGCCAACCAGAUAGUUCCUUCCGUGGAAUGUUCUUCUCCUGGUCCCAUCGGCUACGACAGCGUUGCAGGAAAGCGUAUGUUGUAUCACACAGGACCGACAUAUGGCAAGCGGUCUCAUGAAGAUACUUUUGGUCUCGAUGAUCGCUCAAUGCAGAACGGCAUGCGCCCAGAUGCUGAUCCCCACCCGCCGGCCUAUCGAGAUUUCUCGGGAGAAAGUCGAUCUGCACUCAUGGCUGAACUGGGCAUAGAGAUGGCCUACAAACGUGCCAACGGCAAAACGGUCAUGAAAGCCCCUCCGUUGACUUGA